AUGCCAGAACCCUCCCAAGAGCCUCCUGCUGCCAACAUAGUCCCUCCGGAGAUUCUACUGCAGAUCUACUGCAUGCUGAGUCCCCGCGAUUUUGAAAAUGCGAGGAAGACAUGUUCACAGUGGAUGCGGAUCAGCUUAGAUCCCACUCUUCUGGAGAGCAUGCUGAAAAGAGCAGGGUGGUGGGAUGCCUGGCAGCGGGACCGCCAGAUCUCCCGCCUUUCUCCCUCUGAGCCAGAAGAGAGUUUGGUGUGGCGGAUGAGCAAACGGUUUGCAACAGAGUGUCUCCUAUCCGGACGCAAGACGAACGUUGAAAGAGCGGGUUUUCUAACAACGUCUAUCGUUGACUUCUCCAACCUAUCCAACGGCCUUCCGGCCUCGAAGAACCGCGGAUCGUUCUCUCAUGCCCACGCGACCGUGUCGCUGGAAGAGCACGAGAGCCAUGGCAUGUCCAAAUUCAACGUGAGCACCUGUGGCAACUAUCUUCUUGUCACCUCAGGAUCCAUGAUCUAUAUAUACCGUCUUCUCUCACGGCAGGUCGGUGAUUCGGUCCCAGUUUCUAUCAAUGCUCUUGGCGACCUGGAUUUUGCCCCCAUCUGUAGCAUUGCCUGUCCCGCCGCUAUUCUGUCUGUGACCAUCGACACCACCGCCCCUAAAUUUGUGGUCGCGGCUUUACUGCAAGGUCGGGUGGGUAUGAUCUGUGAUAUUGAUCCUACUUGCCCCCGAGCAGCAGAGUCUAUCGCUCGACAGUCUUCGGAUCAAGAGUCGUUGCAUUUUUACCGUGACAUUUGUUCGCCAGACGACCCCCCUCACAGCGUUUCCAUCUGUCCGGGCCGUCGAUGCGUCGCGUUCGGGUGCGGAAACGGCAUCGAGCUGCAUUGGGUAGACGAGAAGACCAGGCAGGACUGUCGCAAGCAUUUCCCAAUGUCUCAACCGUCGGAGAUCCUCCACUUCCUGCCAAGCCGCCCAGGAGAAGGAACACCAUUAGAGUUACGCCUAAUCUCAUCUCUGGCUGGUCCAGGAAUGCAAGGAUGCCAGUGCGACGACGCAUCGUACGGCGAAGCCCGACCGUCGUGUCAGUUCCAUCUGCUCGCCGACGUCCACUCCUUCACCCGCUGGACAAACGCCAGUACCGGCAAUCUCAGUCUCGUUCGCGCCACCCAUUGCCAUCACUACCGCGCGAUUCCCAUCAAUGAUGGGCUACAUAUCCUUUUCGUGGAGCCACGCACGGGACUGCUUUGUAUCGGAUCCGAUGCCCCGAUUGGUGGGCCGACUAGUCUGACACGAGCCUUGAUCUGCGUGCCUCCAUACGGCAAGGACCCGAUGGACAGUAACCGAGAGCAACGGAUCCCCACCGUCUUUGCCGCGGGCUCCGACCUCAGCUGGGGUCUGCGCGUGGUCGCCGCGUACGAAGAUCGAAUCGUUCUGUACUCCGUGCCGCUGGACGUCUUCAAUGUGAUCCGCAGGGAACGUGAACGGCAGGGCGACAGCGUCAUGGGCGACAGUGACCUUGCCCGGGACUGGUUCCUGGAUGUCGGUCGCAAGCGGCGGGAAAGCCUGGCCCAAAACCAGAGCGGCGACUGGGAUUUCCUGCUCAGCGUCUCCUACCGCCCGACGGCAAUGAUGUGGCCGCUGAAGAUCUACGGCAAGGAAAUCGGCCGGAUGGACCAGGUGGUCGAGCUAGCUCUCCAGUCCUCCACGGGCGGCGUCCGAGUCUGGGCGUUUGGCGCCUCCGGCGAAACCAACGUCAUCGACGUGGACACUUUCACUUCCCCGGCGAGACCCCUCGGCGAUGUCCCCUGCAAGUCCCUCUCGGUCGGUCCGGACGGCAGUCUCGUCUCACCAAAACUGAUCGACCGGGCUGAGCUGGGAUACCUUCCGCCCGCACCUUCAUCCUUCUCCUCCUCCUCCUCCUCCUCCUCCUCUCCAGCGACGACUCCGUCCACCACCGCCUCUCGCAAACGAAAGCAAACAGACGACCGCCGCGACUUUGGCGGCCAGUAUACCUCCAGCCAGCAGCUCCGCAAGAUCAUGACAGACUGUCUGGAUUCCUCGACAGACAGCGAACCGGCAUCGUCGGCAUCUACGGCUCUCUCGGUGGCUAUUAAGCGCCGCCCCUCGUUCGCGGCCUGUAUCGUCGACUUCAAGAUUCCCGAGCUCAGUGUUCGCGAAGGCCGAUGGGUGGAGGCGUCCGCGUGA